AUGGUGUGCGUGCCCGGAUCUCUGGGGGACUCCGGAUUUCACCGUGAGUGCGUAGAAGAUGCUCAAGUGAAGAAAGAACCAGGGGAAGUGGCGUCGUCGGAUAUCGGAUCGACGAAGACGCUGCUAAACAAAACGAGAUCUGCGGAUCGACAGAGUGCUCGGAGGACUUCUGUCGACGGAAUCGAGGGCGAUCUGGGGACAGAUCUAGAAGACAAACCUCAACAUCCUCCCCAGGUACCUUCGGGGACCCCGGUGGAUCUUGGUGCGAACCGAGAUUCACUAACAAAACAAACUAAGGCGGGAUCGGACCGAUACGCGUUCGCUGACUCGCCGAUCAGGCUCGAUCCGACUACCUGGACGCAAUCGCGGACAAGGCCCAGAUCGUGA